CACUGUAACUCUGCUCUGUCAGUGUCGCUCUCAGUACAGCUCCCGCCCGCCGCGACCCUGGACACAGAUGGACCAGAAGGGCCAGUCCUAUAUGCUUGCCACUCUGACGCGGCCCCACUCGGAGCAGCUGCUGCAAGGCCUCCAGCUGUUGCGCCAGGACCACGAGCUGUGUGACAUCGUGCUGCGAGUGGGCGAUGCCAAGAUCCAUGCGCACAAAGUGGUGCUGGCCAGCAUCAGCCCGUACUUCAAGGCUAUGUUCACGGGCAACCUGUCGGAGAAGGAGACCUCGGAGGUCGAGUUCCAGUGCAUCGAUGAAGCAGCACUACAGGCCAUCGUGGAAUACGCCUACACAGGGACAGUUUUCAUCUCACAAGACACGGUGGAGUCUCUCCUCCCGGCCGCGAACCUCCUCCAAGUCAAACUGGUCCUGAAAGAGUGCUGCAGCUUCCUGGAGAGCCAGCUGGACGCGGCCAACUGCAUCGGCAUCUCGCGCUUCGCCGAGACCUACGGCUGCCACGAGCUCUGCCUGGCGGCCACCAAGUUCAUCUGCGAGAACUUCGAGGAGGUGUGCCGGACCGAGGAGUUCUUCGAGCUGACCAGGGAGGAGCUGGACGAGAUCGUGUCCAGCGACUGCCUGAAGGUGCUGACGGAGGAGACGGUGUUCUACGCCCUGGAGUCGUGGAUCAAGUACGACCUGAGCGAGCGGCAGCAGUACCUGGCUCCGCUGCUGCACUGCGUGCGGCUGCCGCUGCUCAGCGUGAAGUUCCUCACCCGGCUCUACGAGGCCAAUCACCUCGUCCGGGACGACCACGCCUGCAAGCAUCUCCUCAACGAGGCCCUCAAGUAUCAUUUCAUGCCCGAGCACAGGCUGUCCUACCAGACGGUGCUGUCCACGAGACCGCGCUGCGCCCCUAAGGUGCUCGUUGCCGUGGGAGGCAAGGCUGGACUCUUCGCCACUUUGGAAAGCACCGAGAUGUACUUCCCUCAGACAGACUCCUGGAUCGGCCUGGCCCCGCUCAGCCUCCCCCGCUGCGAGUUCGGCGUCGCCGUCCUGGACCAGAAGCUCUACGUGGUGGGCGGCAUCGCCACCCACAUGCACCAGGGCAUCAGCUACAGGCGGCACGAGAGCACCGUGGAGAGGUGGGACCCGGACAGCAACACCUGGACGUCCGUGGAGCGCAUGGCCGAGUGCCGGAGCACGUUAGGGGUGGUGGUUUUGGCGGGAGAGCUGUACGCGCUCGGGGGCUACGACGGCCAGUACUACCUCCAGUCGGUGGAGAAGUACGUACCCAAGAUGAAAGAGUGGCAGCCCGUGGCGCCCAUGACCAAAUCCAGGAGUUGUUUCGCCACCGCAGAGCUCAACGGGACCAUCUAUGCCAUCGGAGGCUACGGGCCUGCACACAUGAACAGUGUGGAGCGCUACGACCCCAGUAAAGACGCCUGGGAGAUGGUAGCGCCCAUGGCUAACAAGAGAAUAAACUUCGGAGUGGGGGUCAUGCUGGGUUUUAUAUUUGUGGUCGCCGGACACAACGGCGUGUCUCACUUGUCCAGCAUCGAAAGAUACGACCCCCAUCAGAACCAGUGGACCGCAUGCCGGCCUAUGAACGAACCCCGCACAGGCGUGGGUUCGGCCGUCGUGGACAACUGCCUGUACGUGGUGGGAGGCCAUUCCGGGUCGUCGUACCUGAACGCGGUGCAGCGCUACGACCCCAUCUCGGACAGCUGGCUGGACUCCAGCGGCAUGAUGUACUGCCGCUGUAACUUCGGCCUCACCGCGCUUUGACGUCCGGAAGACGCCCGGAAGAGAGACGAUAAAAGACCCGCGCUUCUUUUCUCUGCUCGACGUUCAUCUCUGGAAAGUAGCUGCGGCUGUGCGAGGCGAGUACCCGUGUGGAUCUGAGGGACCGCGGCACAGCGGCAGGGAAGAAACCGGCAGAGAUCGGAUGAGAGCUGCCGUCCGGACUGGGAGGCCCAAGCAGUCGGACGCUUCGGGUCUUCGAGGCGGCGUCCGCCUGGAAGAGAAAACAAACUUUUUUCAUCCCUACAGGUUCCUGGCUACGGGUGCAGCCGGGCACUUCUAGUUUCUGUUUGUGCGUCUACGCCUGUCUAUGAUACGUAUGCAUGUCGAGGAUCGGAUGACGUCGCAGUGUGUGUGUGUGUGUGUGUGUGUGUGUGUGUGUGUGUGUGAACUGUACGAACUGAAAACAGUGCUUCACAAAAUAGUGAAAGAACUUUAUUCACACUUUAAAAAGGGCUGCCUUUCUUUCUCUUGUACACAUUUGACUGAAUACAGAUAAUAUCCUCCA